GUUCCUCGGCGCCUCUCCGCACCUCGCGAUCGCUGCUCAGCCGACAGCGCCACCUCGCAGGGAAGGAAGGCCCACCAUGCGGCUGUUCGUCAAGGGCUUGGACGGAGCCACAGUGGCUGUGGACGUCGGCAGCUGCGGCGGCGGCAGCAACUCCGGCGACAGCUGCAGCGGAGCUGACGACGCCGCGGGGAGCAGUAGCGCGGGAGAGGCGGCGGCGGCGGCGGCGGCGUGUGGAGGCAGUGUGGCAGAGCUCAUGGCGGCUGUGGAGGCCCGGCUGGGCGUCCCCGCGGCGGACCAGGUGCUCACCACCCUGGGCGGCCGCCCGCUCAGGCCCGCCGCCGCCGCCGCCGCCGCCACCGUGAAUGCGGGCGCCCCCGCUACAGCUGCUACAGCUGCUACAGCUGCCUCUGGGGACCUGGCUACUGCCUGGGGCCUGAGGCCGUACGACACGCUGCAGCUGUCGGUGCGGCUGCGGGGCGGGCAGCCGGUCAAGGUCAAGGUGCUGACGCCCACGCCCAAGGUGGAGUGCGGCGCGCAGGUGACGGUGGACCUGGAGCCGCACACGCCGCUGCGCUCCGUCAAGCUGCAGCUGGCGGCGGCCACGGGGCUGCCCGUGGGCCGCCAGCGCGUGAUGCUGGGCGGCAUUGGCAGCCUGGUGCUGAUUGACAAGAGCAGCAACAUCGGCGCCAGCUACUGCGGCUCCACCAACAACCUCUACUUCGCCACACUGCCCGCCACCGAGGCGCCCGUGGAGCAGCCGCCCGCCAAGCCCGCUGCUGCUACUGCCGCUACUGCCGCUGCCGCCACUGGCGCUGCCGCUGCUGCUACUGCCAAGUAGAACAGCCCCUGUUGAGUGCGUAGAGGCUAGAGGGGACCUGGGACCUUGCAUGUAGACCGGGACAGAUUCUGGCUGGCUCUGAUACCUGAGUUGUCUGAUGUACUAAACGAGAGGGAGCAUACCACAGAAGGGCACCGGCCGUGUAGAGAAGGAAGGGCGCCGCUGGGGUUCACGGGGAGAUGCCGGACGGAGCUAGCGGCCGCAGGUGACAGGGGCUUCCUCUUGCUUCCUCUCUCUGUGGUCCUGCGACCACCAUAUUCUUGACAUUAGAGCACGACUUCCGCACGAAGCGCGAUCCACUGCAUGGGCGGAGGUUGGGUCUCGGCUAACGUGUGCAACGGCAGGCCGUGUAAGGGCAGGCGGUG